ACUGGAUGAUCGACAGCGCCAGUGCUUGGUGACGUCGUGAGCGGUAUUGGCAAAGCAUGGCGGACUCUUCUACCUCUUGAAUCGGCCCUUCGACACAUACAAUCAGAUUUGAAAAGUCUGCAUGUAACCGUUCAGCGAGCCAGAAUUGUAAACAAGAUGGUCAACAUAACUCACGUCAACCUGCUGCAGCUGGCAACCAGCUUGGACUACGCCAAUGAGAUCAACGCCAUCGCCAACGCGUCGACCGACCAAGUCUCUUUGCUUGCAUACGAUCAAGCUUUCAUAGACGAUGUUGUCGGAACGAACGUAACCUCGAGGCUCGUGGCUGAGCUGCCCUGGGACGCCUUCCACGAGGCCGGCGUUUACAACCACGCAACCAAGAAAAUCUACGCCACGAGCAACUGGGCCGGCAGCCUCGACAACCCCAUCAACGUCACAGUAAUCGACAUCGAAACCGACGAAAUCACCAGCAUCCGCUACCCAAACGUCUCCGAAGCCAACGGCGGAACAGCCUACUACCCACCCGGAACCCCAGCAAACAGCACCUCAAACCAAUCCAUCAUCUUCUGCGACGAAGGCGACCUAAACAACUACUCCAAACUAACAGUCGUCAACCCCUCCACCAACGAAACCCAAGUCCUCCUAAACUCCUACUUUGGCCGAAACUUCAGUUCCCUCAACGACAUCGUCCAACACCCUCACACCGGAGACCUCUGGUUCACCGAUGCUCGCUACGCUUACUGGCAAUACUUUGGCCCCGAACCCGUUAUUCGGCCACAAGUUUACCGGUUUGAGCCUUUGACUGGAGUGCUGCAAGCUGUAGCAGAUUAUUUCAUCGCUCCUAAUGGUAUUGAAUUCUCGCCGGAUUACAAGCAUGUUUAUGUUACGGAUACUGGGUCGCACACGUUUCCGAAUAAGGACAAUUUGACUGAUCCGGCGACAAUUUAUCGAUUUGAUAUUACGAGCGAUGGGAAGAGGUUGGCGAAUCGACAGGUUUUCGCAUACAGCGAUAUUGGCUUCCCAGACGGAAUUCACACUGACGUGAAAGGGAACGUCUAUUCAGCUGCUGCGGACGGCGUUCAUGUAUGGAAUCCCGAAGGUGUGCUGAUCGGAAAGUUUCUCGUUGGCCCACCAGGAUCGAAUAACUUCAUCUUCGUUCCGAACGGGCUUUACAUCUUCAAUGCGUACAAAGUCUGGUUUGUCUCGAUCAAGGCGGAGGGAAGGACUGUUCGACGCGAUUUUGGGCUAGGUCCUGCCUACUGAAGGAGCAGUACUGGUCUAGGAUGAUCAGUCUCGAAUACUGAGACGCACAAGUCAUUCAAUGUGUAGUAUAGACGUCUGUCAUCACGUGGAGUGGAAUUCACGCCUUUACUGCCUUCAAGUCCUGAGCCUC